AUGGUCCACGUCAAUCUUGUCGUCGAUCUUCUUCUUGGUGCUCACGGUGAGGCGAGUUUGGGCACGAUAGUUGUUGUAGCCAAAAUCAUGUCGAUUGCACGCAGGAGUGAAAGGGAAUCCGAACGGGUUGUCAGGAGACGAGGUGCAUCCGUCAGAGGUCCAGUCGACGGUGUUGGGGUCAAGCGCAUUUCGACGGGCUGUGAAGGCUGGAAGCGUGAUGCUGAACAAGAUCUCGUCGGUGACGGUCUCGAUGCUCUGGCGCGCCUCGAUGACUGGGGCGACAGCUGCCGCCGCGACGACGGAAAUGACCGAGAGGCAGAUAGCAGCGAACUUCAUCUUGAAAUGGAAGAUUCGAGAGUGUAA